AUGAACAACUUUUGCAAGGCAAAGUUCAUCAAGCAAGAGUUCACGGUUCCGUACAACCCAGAGCAGAAAGGGAUGGCGGAGCGGAUGAACCGCACGCUGGUGGAGAUGACGCGCUGUAUGCUCAACGAAAGCGGCCUCGACAAGUCGUACUGA